UUUGCCCUGCUCAGUUGCCGGCAACGCUAUGGACAGGAGGAGCUCACGGUGCUCUCUGCCAGGCUACCCGAGGCCGGGUGUCCUUACGUGCCUUUUGAUCAUGGCAGCUUUUUUCCUGACAUACCCCAUACUCAGGACCCUUAGCCUGAAGCUCCAUUCAGCUUUCACUGGCACCCAUAUAUCCAGCACUUACUCCAUCGUCUUCGUCAACUGUCCCAAUGAGCAAAUUGCUAGAGAUAUGGCAAGGGCUGUCCUGGAUAAGAAGCUGGCUACCUCUGUGAACAUCCUGCCCAAGACAGCCUCACUGUACUUUUGGAAUGGAGAGAUAGAAGAAUCCACUGAGAAUCUGCUGUUAAUAAAGACAAAGACUUCCAAGGUUCACACGCUGUCCGACUACAUCAGGUUGGUGCAUCCUUUUGAAAUCCCAGAAGUCUUCAGUCUUACCAUGGACCAAGGAGAUGAGCGCUAUUUAAAGUGGCUGGAGGAAGGCUUGGCAAAGGACUGACGUGCCCGCAG